UCAUGCAUCGAAGUAAAGGACUACCCUUAAACAUAAAUUCAUCAUUUUAUAACGAUCUAGAGGUGAUAACUCUUGGAAUUCAGUAGCGCUAUUCUACAUAAGACUGUAUGUUGAAAUUGGCACGGAGUUCAUCAACAGUUGGCGUGGCCGCAGCAAGCAUGCAUAAAUUGUACAAAACGAUAGAAAACGAGGUAGAAGAACCUCUUCAAGGAACUGUCAAAGGUUCAAUACCUGUAUGGAUAAAGGGUAGUCUAUACCGCAAUGGUCCGGGAAUGUUUGAGGUUGGAGAACACAAGUUCAAGCACUGGUUUGAUGGCAUGUCAAUGUUACAACGAUUCCACAUCUCGGACGGAAAGGUUACAUAUCAGAGAAAGUUUUUAAGAAGCGACACAUUUUUGAAUAAUACAACUUCUGGCAGGAUCACAAUCAAUGAGUUUGCUACAGCAGCUAGCCCGGAUCCCUGCAAGAACAUAUUUCAGAGAUUUUUGACAAUAUUUGAAACAGACGAUAUGAGUGAUAACACACUUGUUAAUGUUUUCCCGCUAAAAGACGAGCUAUAUACAACAACAGAGAUUAAGUAUCUUAACAAAAUAGAUCCAGAAACACUUGACAGAACUGAAAAGAAUGUGCCAGCAAAGAAAGAAGGCGAAACUGAAUUUCCAGCAGGCGAGAUCGUAUUCAAGACACAAUCGCCAUGGAAAAUUCAUUUUAACUACUACCAUAGCUUCAGUAUGACGGAAAAUUAUUUUGUUUUUGUACAGCAGCCACUAUUGUCAAACGUACCGAAAAUUCUAUUAGGCAGAAAGACAGGAUAUGCUUUUGCUUCGUCCCUGACAGGCUAUCCUGAAAUUAAGAAUCGGUUCAGAAUAGUCGAUAGAAAAACCGGAGAAGAAAUAAAUGCAGAUCACGUGAUCGAAUCAGAUGCAUUUUUAUAUUUUCACCAGAUAAAUGCAUAUGAAGAACAAGGACACAUCAUAGUUGACAUAUCAUGCCACGAAGACACUAAAGUAUUAGAACGUUUCUACAUGAAAAAUCUUACUUCAAAGGAAUAUGAAGAAAAUCUGAAGAACGCUAGUGAACCUGAACCAAGACGAUAUGUCAUUCCUCUGGAUCUCGGAAAAGAAGAAAAAGGAGGGGAUAUGGUAUCGUUAGAGCGUACUACUGCAAAAUGCAAAAAGAUUGACGACAAAACAUUUCAUCUCCAACCAGAAAUUUUGGCUGACAUUGGGUUAGAAUUUCCACAAAUAAACUACAGGAAGUACAACACCAAAAAAUAUAGAUACAUAUAUGGCGUUGCUUUCAGACAUAAGAAAAAUCCAUUAACCACACUUGCAAAAGUUGAUGCCAGCACAAAGACGUAUAUAGAAUGGGAAGAAGACAAAUGUUAUCCAUCGGAACCUGUGUUUGUACCUAAACCGCGUGGUGCUUCUGAAGAUGACGGUGUUGUGGUUGCAGCAGUGAAUCGUGUUGGAGAAGGUGAUGACGACAAUUCAUGUUUUCUACUGGUUCUUGAUGCAAAAUCAUUCACAGAAAUUGCUCGGGUAGAAUUUGAAGGAAUUGAACGAUUUCCAUAUGACUUUCAUGGAGUGUAUGCAGACGAUAAAAGCUUGAAAAAGGCAUAACAACGUUGUUUAACUUUACAUAUUUCGAUUGUGUUGUAAAUGACAAAAGAACAAAUGAGAACAUGGGAUAUAUUCAAGUUGUU